GACCGAUCAGAAAAUUUGUAUGAACUGAAUUCAGUUCUCUCGAAUGCCACAAACGGUCUAGUGUCAAGCUUCUUCUAAGUCACAGCGAAGUUCCAUCACCAUUCUGGGUAUAAAGAAAGGUUUCUGCGAUGCAAUGAAACGGACUGCGUUGUUUUUCCAACUGGGUCACAAACCCUGCCCGCACACAUUUUGAUUUUAUAACACUGGGAUAAGGUUUGGCAUUCCACCACUUGGCCUACCUGGAUGUAGGCCCACUUGUUGAAAUACUGAAUGAGGUUUUCGAUUAUGCCCAGAAGGCAAGACAGGCAACAGACGACGAAUUCAUUGCACUGGCCUCUCAAGCCUUGGACCUGCAUGAAGGCAGAAGGGUGGCACAUCAGGCUAUCACCCACCGGAAUCAGAGCAGCAUUACAAGGAUCGAAUGAACAACGAUUUGGGAAGAACACGAACCAUCAUCCGGAUAGCUUCGAGAAUGGCCACGAUGAGAGACCCGAGGCAGACGCUGCCGAAAGAAGUGGUGACAGAACGGCGGAAUGCAUGGACGGUGGGAUUGCGAGGCAUAUUGUGCUGCUGAAAGUAGAAAGUCCCCACUGUCCCCGCGACCGUCACAUGCACGACAUUCCUGAUCACCUCCAUGGUCCAGUACAGGCUCACCAGCAGCCCGAACACGAUCGCCGCCGCAUUGGACAUGGUGGCGAUGGCUCCCGAUGCUCCGAAGCUCCACAGCGCAAUCCAUCCCACCGACACGAACACGGCCAAGUACGAGACGAUGUAGCACGCCGGAUACUGGCCCGUGACCAUGAUCACUUUCGUAAUGAGCGCUGCUGCGAACGGAACCCUGCAAAUCCAAUCCAAUCCAACCCAAAAUCAACCGAAUCGAAGUGAGCUCAGAAUCAACAUCAUCGGCGGCACGAAAGCUGGCAAGUUAAGUUUCGAAGCCACGUACCGAAAUCGGACCCAGUACGCGUAGAAAGCCUGGAGGACGGCGAAGAGGAUGAAGACUAUGCCCACGAGGACGCUGUUCUGAGUGCGCGAGGCGAGGACGAGAAUGCCCAGCACCAAAUUGACGACGACGCCGGCCCAGAGCGCGAACUUGAUCAUGCCCACGGGGAAAUAUUUGACGAGCGAAAUCCAGAGGAAGGAGAAGACGGCGGCGAAGAGGAUGACGGCGCCGAGCUGUGGCGCCCAGUACUUGAUGUUGUACAUGGACGCGUCGCGGUCGUCGCGGUCCGAGUCCAGCACGGCGCCCACUCCGAACCACACCGCCAGCGCCCCCACGGCCAGCAGAUGCACCACGUACAGCAGCGCCGCCCACCAGUCCCUCCACUUCCUGUCUGCGCCUGCGCCCGCGCCCCGUUUCAUCUGCGCCUCCGGAUCCUCCACCACCUGCACGCGCAAUUCCACACAUCGUCAAUCCUCCCUCCCUCCCUCCCUCUGCUGUCCCCGCAUUUGCACGAGGCGACAUCAAAUCCACCAAGACAACUCCUUCGUCCCUCCCCUCGCCUUCUCGUCUCUCUCGUCGCACUUACAAAAGUUCCUGCCAUCGCUCCUGCUCGCGCUCCCACUGCGCUGAUUGUUGCUCCUCCACACUAACUCUCUCUCCCUUUCGGUGGCUCGAUGCUUCAGAGAAGCGCAGCGAGUGGUCGGAAGGAAUGCACGAGACGAUACGGCAUUUGUUGGAAGAAAGCUCGACCGACGUGGUGGGAAAAUCUAGAUUAGCACUGCUACAAUGAGAGAGACUUGUCACGCGCCUUUCUCUACGUCUGUCUGUCCGUCUGUCGAAAUGCACGCGCGGCAAAGUAGGACAGGCUCGUGCUCAAAUCCCAUUUCGGCUGCUGCUAUUAUUCGCCAUCACGUGUCGUCUCAGGCUCCUCCGAUCCGAAUCGAACUGAAAUGCCUUGCAGUGCAGUGCAGUGGUGUCAAGAACGUAAGACUAGACAGUACAAGAAUGGAAUGGAAAAUUUGCGGCGACGGGAAGCAGCAGCUGCUGCUGAUCCGAGCUUCGCGAGCACAGAGCGAUGGCGCUCGUCUCUUGCUCUUCUCCUUCAGAAUCCCUUCCCUCGGGAUUCGGAGCUGCCGCUGCUACGUACUACGAGAGAGACAGUGACUGCGCUUGCCGGUCGCUUGCCGGUUCUCGACACCAAACGUAUCGAGCAAACUGGAGGAAUGUGACGGGAAGGGAGGGGAAGGGACGCCGUGAGUCAUGCCGCCUGCAUGCAUGCAGCAGAUCGUCCCCAUUCGAAACGCCAAAUUUCAAAAGCUCGAAAAGUUUCCGUUGACAGCGAACGGGUCGCUGUCGAUACGCUUCCACGCUUCGGCCUUUCUUUAGCAGGCCUGCUAAAGAAAUCCAUUCGGUUGCGCUCUUCUCUCCUCGUUCCUCUCCUCCCUCGCUUCGUUGCACGACACGAACCGUAAUUUUGUUUCGUGGAGCCACGAAGAUUGCGGGCGAGAGAGUUUUGCCGACGCCAAGUGGAUGAAUAUCAUACAAGGAAAUCGGUAUAUUUAAUAUUUCUAUUUCUCUUGAACAUUGGGAAUUGGAUAUUAUAUUAUUUUGAAAUUAUAUAGACACAUUAGUAGAUUGAAAGAUAUAUGAAUAUAGAUUGUGAAUAUAAAAAAAAAAUUUGUAAUAAAUGAUUCAUAGUUCAAUUGUUAGUU